AUGGAGGAACAAAGAGAGAUAGCAGCACUCCAGAUGAACAAAGACCUAUGGUACAAAAUCCACGUCCUUCUCUACGAUCUCUGUAAUAUCGCUACCGACCGUGCAGCAGAGUCACGCACUCUGGCCACAACAGACGAGCUAUACAUCAGCGCGCCAUACUUUACACCUGAAGAAGCCACCCUGAUUAAGACCACGAACAUCCUAACACCAUCUCUGCAUGAGAUGCCGGAGUUUGAGGCACUUGACUACGAGGAGUUAACCUCAGAAGAGCCCCUGACUGUGGAUCGCGAGUCGUCCUCACGCUUCGUGACCAUCGAACAAGCUAUCAAAUAUUCAAAACAGCGAUGGAUCGAGCAAGAAAAAGGAGGCAAGAAAGGCAAGCGCCAGGGCAGAAGCUCUGCUUAA